ACACAGACCUGGCCUCAGCUCCAUCACUGGCUGCCUCUGAUCUUGGAUGGGAUAAUUUAUGUAAUACUUAUUGCUCUUUUGCAAGGACGGGCGGGUUGUAAGUAACUCAUGCAUGGGAGUAAAACAAAUAGAAUAGUGCCUGGCACAUGUUUCAGCAUCAAGCAGGUGGCUGGAAGGUAUUCGAAAAUGGUAUUACAAUGCUGCCGGGUUCAAUAAACUGGGCUUAAUGCGAGAUGACACAAUAUAUGAGAAUGACGAUGUAAAAGAAGCCAUAAGAAGGCUUCCUGAGAACCUUUAUAAUGACAGAGUGUUUCGCAUUAAGAGAGCACUGGACCUCAGCAUGAGGCAGCAAAUCCUGCCUAAAGAGCAGUGGACAAAAUAUGAGGAGGAUAAAUUCUACCUUGAACCGUAUCUGAAAGAGGUUAUUCGGGAAAGAAAAGAGAGAGAAGAAUGGGCAAAGAAAUAAUUCAGUAAUCUAAAUCUGUGGAUACGGCUGUUCUCAAGUAUUUUUAUGAAGUUGGUUAAACCUGAAGUGUACAAUGUAGAACUAUUUGGGCUGUAAAUGUAUUACUUUAAAUAAAUAUUAUAACUAUUGUUGGA